AUGUCUCUAAAUCCUUCGUACCCAGACGCCGUCUACCCCCUGCUCCAACGCAUCAACGAAGCCGUCCAGCCCCCAUGUCCCACAUCCGCAGACAACAACUGCCUCCCCUUCAAGUCUGAGGCCUCGCGUCGAAAGCUUAUUGCCGCCGCGGAGCAGUUGCUUCUUGCCGCACGCAGCCCAGAGGAAAGCGUCUUUGCCAUUGCCCAGCAGCCGGCCCAGACAACCGCCCUCCGUUGUGCCAUCGCCCUCGGGAUCCCGGACGCACUGCCUGAGAACGGCAGUCCACGCAGCCUGGACAGCAUCGCGAGCGAGGUGGGCGCUGACAAGAUGCUGCUAAGCCGGAUCCUCCGAGCAUGCACGUCCACGUCCCUGCUGGCCGAGGCCUCAGAGCUCCACUACGCGCACAACGCCCUCUCGCGGGCCAUGCUCUCGCCCGCCAACCGCGCCCUGCUGUCCCUCAUGUUCGACUACAACGCCCGCUCCAUCGUGGCCCUACCCGAGUUCCUGCGCGGCCGCGGCUGGCGCGACGCCGGCAGUUAUGAUGACUGCGCCUUCAUGCUCGGGUGCCGCACCGCCCUGCCCAUGUGGGAGUUCCGCGACGCGGACCCGGAGUGCUCCCGCGUCUUCGACCUCGGCAUGCAGAGCGAGAUCGUCGCCGCCCUGUCCACGGGGAAGGCGUCCGGGCCGUUCCCCUUUGGCGAGGAGCUGAGCCCUCGCCCUAGCCCUGCUGCUGCUGCUGCUGCUGGGGGCGAUGGCGGCGGCAAUCUGACCAUUGUGGACCUCGGGGGAGGGCGGGGCCAGGCCCUGAUCGACAUGCGCGGGGACCACCCCGCGCUGCUGCAGGGCGCCCGGCUCGUCCUGGUGGAUCUCGCCCCGGUGAUCGACAGCGCGCGCGAGGCUGGCCUGCCGCCGUGGGUCGAGCCGGUAAAGGGCUCCUUCUUUGAGCCCCUGCCUGUCCGCGGCGCCGACGUAUAUCACCUCCGCCGCUGCCUGCACAACUGGGACGACGCCGCCUGCAGGACGGUCCUGCGCAACGUCGCCGCCGCCAUGGACCCGGCCCGCUCGCGCCUCCUCGUCACGGACAUGGUCGUCGCCGACACCAACGCCGCCCGGGAGAUGGCCUGGGAGGACCUGAACAUGAUGACCAUCGGGGGCAUCGAGCGCACCGAGCGGCACUGGCGGGAGCUGCUCGACGAGAGCGGAUUCCGCGUCCACAGGAUCUGGUCUAACAGCCCGGUCGAGCACGCCACCAUCGACGCGAGGUUGAAGUGA